GCCUGGGGAGGGGCCAUGUUGCCGAGCCAGUUGUGGGGGAGAUUGGAGAAGCCACUUCUCUACCUGUGCUGUGCCUCCUUCUUCCUGGGGCUGGCUUUGCUGGGCAUACGGCCGGACAUCGUCCCUGUUGCUUAUUUCUUUCUGACCUUGGGUGGCUUCUUCAUGUUUGCCUGCCUGCUGGCCUGCUUUCUGGAAUGGGUGUUCCAAUCAGUGCAGCCGGACAGCCCAGGGGCCUCGGGCAAUGCUCGGGACAAUGAAGGCUUUGAGGUGCCACCCUAUGAAGAGGCCGUGGUGUUGGAAUCACAGUGCCGCCCCCAAGAAUUGGAUCAACCACCUCCCUACAGCAGUGUGGUAAUCUCCCCAGGACUUGUGGAGGGACAGCCUGGCCAUCCAGAGGGGCCCAGGAGAGCUAGAGUGGAAAGGCGAGUGGGCUCAGAGGGGUCUAUGACCCCAGGAAGUGCUGGAAGAGUUCCUAUCAGCCUUCGGCUUCGGGGACCACGAGUUGUGUCCACUGCUCCUGAUCUGCAGAGCUUGGGCAUGCUCCCCAAAUUGGAGUCGCUCCCCAGAUUGGAGCCUCUUACUCCACCGCCUGACUAUGAUGUCAGCUUCAGUCACCCUGAUGAUGACAAUGUUUUUUAUGAAGACAACUGGACACCCCCCUAACAGACUUUCCCAGGAUAUAUCAUAUCUCUGCACCAGACCCACUCAUUCAUUUGACCACUUUUCCCAGUGCCUGCUGGGGACUGGAUAUCACCAAUGGGGAUUUUAACCCAGAGGGGAGUUAGGCUACGGUAAGCCCUUCUCAGUUGAGAUGCAGGUGGUACAAUUUGAAUUUUUCAGGCGACAUUCAGAAACCUAACCCAUAAUCGUUAUUUUCAGAGUUAGAUUGAGGGUGAGAUGAGACAGUGAUCCAGAGAAUCUGGAGAAGAAAGAAAAGAAGCAACAUCUGAGUGACAGUUACGUUGCCUCUGCUCUGGGUGCUUUGCCUCUAUUAGAUCACCUAGACUUCCCAGCCUCGUAAGGUAAAAUCACCCUCAUUUGAAAAAUGAGGAUUCCAAGGGUCAGAGAAGUUUGAUUAUUUGCACAGGAGCACAGUGCUAGUAAACAGCAUAAAAAUAGCUUGAACUCUGAUCUUCUGAUCCGAAAGCCUAUGAUGUUCUCAAAAUGUGAACGAAAGAAGCCACCUGCUAACCUGACAAGCUCAGGGGAGGCCUGUGUGGCCGUCUUGAAAACUCAGAGACCUAAAAUAACCACAAAAGAUGGUCUGAAAAUUAAAUAUUUAACUACAAACAGGUUAUAGUGGGCAGUCAUUCCUAAGCUGAUAUCUUCCCUGACAAAGAUCAACUUAGAUCUUCUUUACUGAGCCCAUUUGCCUUUUUGCCUCUAAGAUAACAUAUCUGUGAGAUGUCUGGGUAACUUGUAACUUCCUUUUUACCCCGGACCCCUCAGGGCACAACAAAUGGCACCGGGACAUUCCCUCGUUGUUAUUGUUAUCAAGUUAAUUGUCAACUGUUAAUUACGUUAAAGUAUCCUGUAUCCAUCUCUGUAAGAGAAGCACAUGUCCAUCAUUUCGCUUUUCACCCUAUCCCAGGUUUCCCCGCUUUGCUUUGUCCCACCUCCCUAAUCUAUCACCAAUGGAUUUCAUGUAACUCACCUACGUCCCUUUCCUUUGAUUUCAAUGUAUAAAAGUAGAUGUAACCCUGCAUUCUCCGGAGCAUUAUCUCAAUUCAUUGAGGUUCUGCUUCCCGGCAUAUGUCGACAGUUUGGCUCAAAUAAACUCACUA